UGACGGUUUCCUCCGACCGGCGAAGUCACGUGCUAUAAAGCCUCCGGAGGGCCAGCGAAAAGCCAGUGUGCAUUCUGACAGGAGACAAGCCACACCGCCUCGCUCUCCAUCAUGAUUAUUCUACCGCUGUUGCUCUUCCUCCCGGCUCACACCACGGCAACCUUCGGCCUGUUGGCUAACCUGACGAGCGCCCUCAGCGAUGCCACCUUCACCAUCGAACUUGGCACCACCGCCUGCGAGGGCUUCCUCAGCAACGCCACGAGUGCCUUGCUGAGUGGCACUCCUCUCAACAUCACCUUCAACGACUUCUUCCUGUCCGCAAUCACGAGUUUGCAGUCGCUGGAGGAAAGCAACCCCAGAACCCGCCUCUUCUUCAACUUCGGAUCUCGCUGGACCAGCUGGAGAGACCGACUGGCCAAUCUCACCCUCACUUGGAGACCUGGCUUUUUCUUGGGGAGGUUAUUCGGUUAAAACAAUGACCGAGGUUGACCUGGAAUUCCGACUAUGCGCAACUACCCAACGACCGUUAACUGUUUUUUCUACUACCCAUUCCAGCGGGGAUAUCGACGUGUUAUAAACUUGUUCUUCUAGACCUGUAAUGCCAGAGAAACGAGGACCCACCAACUGUUAUUUCUUCCGUUUGUGUAUCGACUGAUGUGAUUAUUUUUCUUCUACAAAUACUGCACUGAAAUAAAAUUGAUUGAA